GCAAUCCAACACCCGCCACCUACCAUUUCAUCGGCACCAUUCCGUUUCUCCUCAUAUUGUUAAAUUAAUUAAUUGAUUAAUUAAUACGAACGAGGCCGGUGGGGGGAAAAAAUGAAGCCGAGUUUCGAUCACAAUCGCCUCUCGGGUCCUUAAAUAGGUCGUCUCCUUCACCAGUCACUACCCAAUCAACACCCACAGAUCUACCUAAUCAUCACCACUGCAAGUCUGCAAUUCGACCAGUGAGCAGCGCAGUGAGCAGCGCUAGCAAAGACCCAAGAAUAAUGGGAUCCAAGCGCAUCGUCCUCAACUCCAACAACCUCUACCUCCUCCCAUGGAGCGACAAAACCGUCGGCGUGGUGGACCCAGGCCUGGAUCUCAACACCCACAAUGUCCCCCGCAACAUGGACCAGUGGCGGCAGCUGGGCCUGGUCGGCAACAACGCCAGAUCUACUCAUCGGGAGCUCGAAAUCUUCGGCGUCGUCAUCUCCGGGAAGAAGCUGGAAGACCUCUCCACCGACCUAAUCAACCACCAGUGCGUUGCCAAUCGGGAGGGGUUCAUGAUCAUGUACUUCAACAUCGGCGCCGGCAACAUGUACCUCAAGAACCAGUCCAGCGUCAUCCGCCGCCUCAACGACGUCUUCGACUGGUCCAAGUACGGCGUCACCGUCCCCAUCCCCGUCGCGACGGUGUGGGACCGCUUCGAAGUGAACACCGGGAAGCUGAUUGUGGACAGUAAGGGAGCUGGGAAGAAGGUGGAGGAGCUGAGUAAGCUGAUUGAGGAGAAAGAGAGGGAGAAUCAGAAGCUGAAGGAGGAUAGGGAUAAGGAAGACGAUGAGAGUAUUUCGCUGGCGGAGCUGUUGAAGGAGAAGGAUGAACUGAUUCAGCAGCAGAACAAGGAUCUGGAAGAGAGGGAUAAUGAGCUGGAUGCGGUCAAGAAUGUUGUGAAGCAGAAGGAGAAGGAGAUUUCCGACUUGAAGUCGAAUGGUGGGGGUUCGUCGGCGGCGGAGUUGCAGAAGCUGAAGGAUGAGUUGGCUGCUAAAGAUAGGCAGAUUAGUGCUCUCAAGGCCGCCAUGAAAGCCUUGGUCGCGUAAUAAUUGAAUACAUCUCGUUCAUCUCUGUUUUCGGGACGGGCGGAAAUCAAAUAAAAGAUGAUAAUGAAAAAUAAAUCCCCUUGAGAUUUACUGCAGAUUUGGCUCGUCUUCUUUGUCUUAUUGUGGGCAGUUGAGAAUUAAUUGAUGUUAUGAUUGCAUAAUAAUAAUUCAUGGCGAUAAGAUAAAGUUUGAUAUCUACG